AUGGCGAACUGCGUGGCCGUUAGGAGCUCACCGCGGUUUCGGGUCUACGAGGUGGAUUUCGGGUUCGGACGACCCGAGAGCGUUCGGAGCGGGUCGAACAACCGGUUCGACGGGAUGGUGUUUUUGUACCGGGGGAAGGAAGGUGGGAUCGACGUGGAGAUUAUCUUGGAGAGUGGGGCCAUGGAGAAGUUGGAGAAGGAUCAGGAGUUUCUUUCUCCAAGAGGGGAUUAG